AGAAAGCACGCGUCGGCGCAGUCGCGUACCGCACGGCUAUUUUACCGCGUAUCGGUUUUGCGCGUUUUUCACGCGCCAGUGUCGCCAUUGAGAAGGACUUUUGGUGAAUUAAAAAUGGAAAUGAGGUUGAUGUUCUUAAUAGCGCUGUUGUUGGUGGGCACAACGCUGGCUGCUGAGGAGGACGACGUGCCUGACGCGGGCGUUGAAGAGGAUGAGGAUGACCUGGCCCUGGACCAGGAGGAAACACGCAACGUGCGACCACGUGCGUACACGGCGAACGCGUACAACACACUGCCGAGCGGCUUCCGGCCCACGGCGUCGCUGGCAGAACUUGCUGGCUACCAGCAGCGGCAGCAACAACAGCAGCAGGAACCACAGGAGUUCGUCGGCCUGGUGGCCCCGCAGCAGCACUUGUACGAAGACCAGAGAGCACCUGCUAGAGCACCCAGCAGAAAGCCUCAAGACCACAGGCCGGUUAAGGUUCAGCAGCAACAGCAGCAGGAAUUAGAGGAUGAGGAGGAGAAAGAGGAGCCCGACCGUCUGUCCACGCUGCUCCAGCAGACCAAGUUCGACUGCGUCAGCAAGCAGAACGGCUACUAUGCCGACCCUGAACUGAACUGCGAGGUCUUCCAUUACUGCGCGGAUAAUGUUAAGCACUCCUGGAUUUGCCCCGAGGGAUUCACCUUCCACCAGGUCCACCUGAUCUGCAUGCCGCCCACCCAUGACAGCAUCUGUCAGAAGUCCGCCAAGUACCACUUUGUGAACGAGUACCUGUACCGGCCGAUCAACGAGGAGGAGGUGCAGAGGAAGCCCAACGUGUCCCUCAAGUACUCCGACCGGUACUACCCUGCUGAGGUCUACAGGGACGACAGAUACGAGGACGAGGAGGAGGAGGAGGAGAGGAGACAGGAGCAAGCCGUCCACAGAGCGCCCCCACAGCAGUUGCAGGCGCGACCCUCGCCGCGGCCACAGCAGCAGCAGCCCCAAGUAUUCCACUCCGCGGAGGAGGUCAACAUCCCUCUAGGCCAGAGGCGUCCCCAGCGCCCCUACGACUUUGACUUCUAGCCAGCUCUUUUCAGCCAGUAGUCUUAAAGUUUCACAACUGCCAGAUACAUCGGCUAGAGCCGAUAAAGUCCUUCAUGUUUCAGCAUCGGGAAGGGAAAUUCACGUUUAGAAAUUAUUUCAAUUGUUGUGCGUUUAAACAUCUGCAAGAGGCCAAAAACGCAUGUUUUUGACUUUCUUGCUUUUCAUGUCAACGGCACAACAAUUAAUUUCUGAAUCCUUACAGCAACCUGUAUUUUAAAGCACGAAAAUAAAAAGGAGAUGUAAAUAAUUUGCAAACAUUUUGGUGCUAGGUGCAUAAUCUAUAAAUUAUUCAAACCAUAUCCAGUAUUGUACUGCUCAGUCUUGUGUGUAAGUUAACGUUUAGGUUAAUAAACUUAUUUAUACUUAGGUACAUUAAACUAUUUGAAUGUAAAGGUAAGUCACAAAUUAGUUUUAAGCUAGUCUUUGUGGUAGUUAUUUGUAAAAAUAAAGAAAG